AUGGAUUUGACUCCAAAAGGUAAAAUUUUUUCACGUAAAGAAAUAUAUGUUUCAUCAUUGAUUUUAGAAUGUGAUUUACUUUCAGUAAAUGCUCAGUUUACACAAGAAGAAAUACAACAAUGGCACACGGAUUUUCUUCGUGAAUAUCCAUCAGGUCAAUUAGAUAAAAAGGCAUUUGUUGAUUAUUAUACAAAAAUACAUCCACAUGAUGAAGAAAAAACAGCAGAAUUAUUUGAUCGAAUUGAUGUUAAUGAUGAUGGCACAAUUGAUUUUAAUGAAUUUCUUGUAUUAAUCGCUAUUCGAAAUCAAUUAGGUAGUUUAGAAAAACGACUUGCGUUUGUAUUUGAUUUAUGGGAUGACUCAGAAGAUGGACAAAUCGAUCGAAAAGAAUUAACUAAUUUAUUAUCAGCUAUGUAUGAACGUGCUGGUAUAAGAGAUCAAAAAGGUGAAUGGGAUCCCAAAAAACGUGCCAAAGAAAUUAUUGCUAAAUUAGAUAUUAGUGGUGAUAAAAAAUUAAAUAAAGAAGAAUUUGUUACUGGAUGUAUGAAUGAUCAAGUUAUUUGUAAACUAUUACUUCCACGUUCUUCGUAA